AUGAGUAAUGCUUCCUAUAUAUGCGAGGAUUUGCUUACAGUAUUUGAGAAGGCCCUUCAGCUUCCUCCAAACUCUGAAGUCAUAGAUGUUCUAGCAAGAUUUGUGUGCCAUUACAACAAUUCAAAUGAGGCUUUUAAGUUAAGCAGUCAAAUCCAGUCAAUAAAGGAAUCUGUCUUACUUCUGCAGAAAGUAAUUCAUGGACAACAGAGCCUGCCAGAUUCAAUAAUGGAAGAGUUUUUGGGAUGGCAAGAAAUAGAACAGCAGCUCGCUGAAAAUAGUGCUUCUUACUGUAAAAUUAAUCAGCUGCUGAGCACAAAGGCACCAUCUGGAGAGGAUGUCUAUUUCAGCUCUUGUCAGGAGCAGCUGCUCCUCUCAUUAGUUAUUCGUACGCUUGAAGAAAUAUGGUUUGGUUUUGAGGCGAACCCACACUGGAAGGAUGUAACAACAGUUGUCAGGACAAUGUGUGGCAUAGCUCAAUUUGUGAAUGAGGCAAAAGGCUUCAGAAGAGGCCAGUCAGAUUAUGCUGGAUCAUCCCUGUGUACUGGAAAAAAUCUCAAUUUUAAGGCCUUAAUUGAAUAUUAUUUAGCACUUCUGCAAAACUUAUCAAAUUCCCCAUUUGCUUCAUGGGCAAGGAUUUUGACAUCUGUCAAAGAGCUUCUGACAAGUGAAGAAAACUUACAAAUUCCUGAAGAGAAAGAAGACAUAGUCAACAGCUUGCGCCUUGCAGAAUUCGUACAAGAAAAUUUGAUGCCUGGUUCUUUGGCUUCUUCAAGCCUUCAAGAUGCCCAAUCCCUCCUAGACACAGUGUUGAAUAAUGCUAUUACAUGGAUUAACAGUUUUGCCAGUGUGGAGACAAAUGAGUCUGCUGUGGAUUUUUCUGACCUCAGUAAAAAGCUACUAGAGAAUUUUCAACUUGUUUCAAGGCUCUGCCCAAAUGAGCAGGCUGAAGUAUUUUGGGAAACGGUGGAAAUGGUCUUGUAUGAGCUUGAUCCUAAACUACCACACCUCUUGAUGGGUACAAGUUCAACUGGAGAAGUAGAGAACCUGGAGAACUUCUUAUCUAAAAUUGUGUUCUCUGUUCCAGAAAAUCAGAAAGUCCUUAAUAAAAGCCUUCGGUUUUUCCAAAACAUCCGCACACAUUGGCCUCAAUGGAAUGUUGGUGACAUAAAGGUUGUAAACAAUUUCUGUGAAAAAUUCAUAAUGAGUCUGUAUGAGGUUGGGUUAUUGACCCAAGAACAUGUCAGUACAGCUCUCAGUACCAUGUACAAAAUGAGAAAUCUGUCUUGUAUUCUACUCUCAAAUGCAACUGCUGUAUCUAAAGUACAAGACACAGGGAAAAUUGUGUCUGAUUUCUACCAAAACAUCCGCAGGAUAGUGGAUAGUAAAGCUGCCUUGCUUGUUGAGAUGCUUUCCACUGUAUAUCAAAACACUGAUCAAUUCUUAAGAAUCCAAAGCAAUAGCUCUUUGUUAUCUUUCUUCCACAAAACUUCAGAAGACAUUUCAUCUACUCGAAUACAGCUUGCUUUCCAAAAUAUGAGCAUGGUUUUUGACUUUCUAUCUGAAAUUAUAACACUUCUUGAUGGUCUUACUCAGAAGCCUCUCUGUGAAAAGUUAGAAAGAGUUUACAACUACUUAAUCCUCCAGGCCCAGUCCCUUGCACAGAAAGGGGAACAAGAGGUACAAGUUGUAUAUAAAACUCUGGGGAGCCUUAAAGCUAUGUUUAUAGAAAAAGAGCUACGUACAGUUGCCUUCCAAUACUUAGAACAACUUUUUGACAUUCCACCAGAAAGCCUGUUAAAUAAUGAAUGUACUGAUUUUUAUGUUCUUGGCAUUCCUUCUGAGGAACCUUCAGUAAAGCAUUACAGCUCACUUCUUCUUCCAUUGGUCAGUGUUCUGUCCAAUUCAACAGACUUUGGGGUAUCUGUGCCUUUUGCCAUGCAUUGCACCAUUACCUGGCUUCAGAUGUGGACAGAGAUUCUUCAAGAAGCUUCUGAAAUGUUAACACUGGAUUUAAAUUUUAUCACAUACCUACAAAACAGCCUGACCCAGAUUUCUGAAGGGCUUGAAAAUAUAACCCAUGUUGAACCAUGCAAUGUGACAUUUGUAGUUAGUCCUGAAACUACAUCUGCGUUGAAUCUACUAGGCAUCAUAACAGGAGCUGGGAAAUUGAACAACUGGGAGGAUUUUGGUGCCCUUGAUGAUCUUAUAAGUGCACUUAAGAUUGCAAUUGAUAUCACCAGCAACCUUACAAGGGAAAGUCUGGAGGAAGCUUUCCAAACAAUGGAAACCGUGAUCACAGAAUUACAGAAAUCUCUGCUGAAGACUUUUAGCAGGGAGUUUUUGGAUUUCUGGGCUGGCAUUUUUGCUCCAUUGAGUUCUAAAGUGGAAUAUAAGAAGACAAACCUUUAUUCAAUUGGGCAUUCACUUUCAAGUAUCCUGAAGCUUUCUACAGAAGAGCUGGUCAUUGUUCUCACAGAGCUAAAAGAGACUGCUGGAUUCCUUAAAAACAUAUCUCAGGAUCGUUACCUACUGGCUUGUGCCAACAUUCUCCAGAAUGUGACAGAGCUAGAUUUGACAGCCAAAAAUAUUUCACAAAUACCUUUCUGGUUUCAUCCUGAUUACCUUCUAACCAUUGGUAAUAUCCUGAAUGGAGUAAAGGGUUGUAAUGAGUGGAUAGAUAUUAUCAGUAACCUCAGUGAGAAAUUAAUCUCCCUUUCCAACCUUGAAAACACAAACCAUGUUUUAUUUCUGUUGUUGUCUCUGGGAAGCCUUGAUGAUAUGGAUUAUAGUCUAGAGAAUAUCCUGGAUAUUAUUAACAUGGCUUAUUUUGAUUUGGAAGAUUCUCUGUGUUUACAGAAUGGUUCUGAUGCACACUGUAUGAAUACUUAUUUCAACAUUAUAGAAAAAAUUUUAAAAUUCACCCAACCAACAUCUGAUGUUAAAGGUGAUGCCCGUACACUUGACUUUAUCUUUAAGCUAUUAAAUAGCUCAGGGGGCCAAAUAGAAACAAUAGUUAAGCACUUAAUGAAGUACUCACAAAACACAUCUGACUUGAAACAGACAUAUUUCACUAAACUAAUCACUGGAGCCACUGAGAAUUCAAGUGAAGUCCCUAAUUUCUUUCAUAGUCACCAGCCUUCUUCAGUAGCCCACUGGAAAAGAAUUUGGAUUUUUCUGAAAAACCAAACUGUUGCAAGCCUACAAGACAGCACAUCUCUUCUGGACAUUGUACAGCUCCUAAAUUCAUUAGAGGCGAUCCCCCAAGACAAAAAUAUAAGCUUGCUAAUGGAAUCCUUUGAACAACUAAUAACUUACAUUGCAUCAAACUUGUCACAUAAUAUGCAAAGUAUGCAAAACAUACCUCUGCAGAUGUUGAUGAAUGCAGCAGCUGUUGAUGUUGAACUGGUUGGGAAGGCAUUAAAAUUUUUAAAGUCUUUUAGCAUUUUCAAUUUUUCAAUAAUAUUAGGUGAUAACAAAUUUCUAAAGCAUAUGGCAAAUUUGAUGCAAAACCUUGAGAAUACAGAUCUAGAAUUCUUAAUAAAUCAGCUAGAACAGGUCUGUAAGAGCCUGAACAAAUUCUUUACAAAUAUUAAAGCUUUGAAGGUUGACAAUCCUGUUUGGGGAACAUUGACAGGCUGGUUACAUAUGCUUGAGAACAAUUCACACUUUUGGAACUUGACAGAUAUAUUGCCCGUCUUAGAAUUGUUUCAAGCUGAGCGUGAUGAUUUUGUAGAGGCACUUUACCUUCUUCCUGAUGUCUUCAGUCUUCUAGAGCAGUUACCUCACAACAGCAACAUCACUGAUGCCAUAACUGAAGUAUUUACUUUCAUAUUGAGUCAGGAAACAAAUAUGUCAAUAUAUGCCAAGGAAGAUUUAUCUAGUAAAGCAAACGGCCUCCUAAAGUUACUGGAGCUAGUAACAAAUAUGCCUGAUGAAUCUGCAAAGACCUUGAGUUGUCUUAGCACAGUUGCCUGCUGGAAUCUCACAACAGCCAACCUGUUGCAUGAUCCUGCUUUGAAGCCUUGUAACUUAGAUUCUUCCUUUGUUUACAACAUGGUUGCUGAUGCAUUUGAGCUACUGCAGUUGACAGCUCCUGCAGGAAAUUCUCUAUGCUCUAAUGAAGAGCUACUGAGGGAGGCCUCUUACAACGUGACUUGCUUUUUCUAUCAGCUCAAAGAGUGGAACUCCUUUUUUUUGAGGUUUUCUGAGAUCCACCAUCUGGAUGAUGACGUUCUGAUGGAUUUAGAGGAGUUUUGGGAUAAUCUGUCAGUCUCUUUUAUGUCUUCAGGAAACAGUAGUCUUCAUUCAAUUCAUUGCCCAUCCACACCAAAAAGGCAAGCUGCUUUGCGACUCAUCGAAGUAGUGAACAAUAUGACAACAGCAGACAUCGGGAGGGCCAGAGCUGUCUCUGCCCAGUUAGCAGAUCUGCAUAGCUUUCUACGCUUGAAUAGAAGUGCAGGAACUUCAGUUAUAAACACUAUUCUUACUAAUUUAAAAAUCAUGGUCAAUGAUAUUACUGGAAUGCUAGAUUCUGAGGAUGUCCUCUCCUUUCUUUCUGCAGCCCAGCCUUUAAUGGCACUCUCUCCAGUUGGAAAACAAACUUAUGUGGUAUUCAUGGCAUUAGCAACUUUAAGUAGGAACAGUAGUAGUCUGUUUGAUAACUUUGAGGCCCUCUGGCUUGAUACAGAGAAAAGCAUAUGGGAUUUACUGGUGAAUUUUGAUGUCAGCCACCUGCUCUCUGUGAUAGAAAAAGAAAUUCAACUACUAAGUACAGCAGCAGGACAAAACUCUUCACUGGCACUUGGUAGUUUCAUUAAAUGGUUUAAUUUUUCAUCUCUGGAAACCACAAUAACAAUUGUUGAGGGACUUCGAGAGAUUGAGAGGGACUGGCUGAAUGAGUACACUCAUAAAAAUUAUUCUAGAAUAAUAAAUGCACUAGUUCUCCUCAUGGCUAAUGAAAACUCAUCAGAUGACCUCAUUGCAAUUAUCAAAGACACCAUUGACUUUCUGGAGGUCUUCCAGAAUGGUUCUAGAGAUUAUUUCAAUAUUUCAUUUGUUACUGAUCUUAAUGAAGAAAAGCUCAAUAAUGUUCAUGUUGCUCAUUUGAUUUUGCAGAACAAUAUGCUUAAUAUGAUCUCUGACUUUGUUACUGAAGAAGAGAUAAUGCACUUAAAUUCUACAGACCUUCAAAUAGAGGAUUUCAUUGAUUUCUUUUUUAACAAUACGAAAUAUGAAAACUAUAGAAAAAAUACUGCUCCAUUCCAAAGUAGGGUAAUGGAAAUGGUAAAAGUGAUACAGCAGAUAUUUUUUCCAUCUUCUGCAGAAUAUUACAGGAACAAAAUAAUUGUCUUACUAAAAGAAUUGCACAGGGAUAUAAUGGCAGAAAUGAGUAUAUUUCCCCGAGAUAAGAUAUUAACUCUUCUGAAUUUGGAUUGGUUGAUCAAGCUACAGGAAGAAGUUGAUGGAUUGAAGGAAAAUAUAAUUUAUUCUAGUUUUAAAGAACAUCUGUAUGACCCACUCAAAGCCAUAUCAGAGGAUGAGACACUUCACUUUGAUAGUGCAAAAGGACUCAAGUUUGUGAAGGAUUUGUUUAAUGUCCUAUUUGGAGAGUCUGCUGAAAAAAAUGGCACCCAAGAUAACUAUGAACUGUUUGAUUUUAUGAAUAAUUUUAAUGCAAAUAAUUCAUGGAAACUUGUUCAGAUGACUAGAGAUCUUUCCACAUCUCUCCGAAUUAUGAGGCAAACUUUUGCAGAAAUGGGAAAGAUAGUGGAUAUUUUCAUGAGUAAUCACUCCAAAGAUUUCCCAGAUUUCUAUUCUCCUUUCUGGGAAAUGGACUUUGUCAGUUUAGCAGAACUGUUAAUCUCUUUAGACAAGGUGUUUCCUUUGAAAAAUAAAGAGGUAGUAGAAGCUACAAAAAUAUUACUUUAUCUUAUUUCAUGGAGCAGUAGCACUAACUACACUCAUGAACCAUUUUCAGAGACUGCUGAUUAUUUGAACGCUUUGCUGCUGAAAAGUGAUGAGUUUGCAAAGCUAUCAGAAGUAGUAGAAUUUAUUGCUAAAUUUCUGGCAUGGUCCAAGAAAGCUUCAGAAAAGAUAGUUACCAUUUUUGAACAACCUACUGGCUCGGAUACUACAGAAAACAUAGACUACCUCCAUGUGUUCUAUCCAGUUCUUCAAAGAGCUGUUUGUAAUGCAGUGAAUGAGUUAACUACAAGUGAGACUGCAGAAGAUGUCUGUUCAAAUGAAAAACAUGUGGCAGAUUUGGUGAAAGCAUUUCUUGAUUUGACCUACUUGUCUAUUCAGGUUGAUCAUUCCAGUUCAAAUGGCUCUGAGACUGUAAACACAUCCACCAGAUUGCCUGCAAAUCUGAGCAAACUAAGUGAAUUAAACAAUAUUGUAGGUGAAAUUGCUGCAUUUCUAGCAGAUGUGCGGAAUUAUUCUUGGGUACUAGAAAGACUUGUAACAGUUGUUACCAGUGCAAAUAUAAACUCACCUAAUAAGACUGUCAGCCUAAUAGAGUAUCUUCUUUGUAUUUUUGUACAAAUAAGUGACAUUACUAGCAAAAUAGCUUUAGCUAGUACACUAAAUCUUACUAACAAUCCAACACAAGAAGAAAAAUGGGGCGAAAUUCAGGAAAUGAUUGCUAAUUUGCACACAAAAAAAUGCACAUCCAUAAAGGCUUUCAUCAGAGCUGUGGCUGAUCUGCUCCUGGGGGGGUUCUGGGAAAAUAAGUUAAAUGAAAAUGACUUAAAUCUGCUGCUGACUUAUGCAAACAACCACGAUGACUUUCUGAGAGUUAUGGAAAUCAUUAUGGAAUUGUUCAAUUUAACAAAUAAUGUUUCUGAAAGAAACUUCAGCCUGAGGUCAUUUUUCGCCAGCCUUAUCAACCAAAAUAUAAGGUACCUUCAGAAAGAACAAUCCAGCUGGAAAACUGUUAUUGAGGGCUCAUUAAAUGAAAUUCCCUGGGUGGAGUUGCUGCAUUUAGAUAAUAACCAGCCAGUGAAUUCAACAAGAACCUUGGUCAAAAUGUUGUUGGGGCCCUUCAUUAUGGGAAUCACUGGUGUAGCUGAUACAGACCAGCUACAAAAGAAUGCACAGGGGCUGAUUCAUGGUUUUAAAUGGAUGCUCAAACAAUUAUCAUCUUAUGAAAAAUAUGCCCAGCGACUGAUUGGCUUGACUGAAUAUUGGCAACAAGGCCCACUAAAUGAUCAAAGUGUCUCUGAGAUGUGCCAGGUUUUCCAGAAGCAUUUAAGUCCUGCUAGUGUCUUACUGCUACAGAAUGUACAGAUAACAGCUUUGAGCAUACUUAAAAUCCUUGCAGAAAAACCAGCAGUCAUCAGCAACCUUCUCUGUGCUUUUUCAAGCUGUAAAAAUGGUUUAACAAAGCAUCUUCUCCGUUCUGUUAUUGAAGGAAUCAGUUUGAUUCAUGAUCGGUAUCAGGUUAUUGAAAAAACGUGGCCCAUUUCUAACCAAGGAGAUUGUGAGAAUGUUGUAAAUAUAAACAAGAAAUUUUCUGGUACUCUGCAUAGCUUCCUGAGAACUUUACAAAACACCACUGACAGCAGCUGUGAAUGUCAGCUCAUAUUGGAGGACAUCCAGAAGCAUGUACAAAUAUUGGCUGAAAACCUGGAGGCAUCUUUGUCAGGAAACUCAGUAGCCACUUUUCUCAGUAACUUCAGUCUACCGAAUGAUGUGAAAAUCAAAGACUUGGUGCAGAACAUUACUGAACUGACUCUGCAACUUCAUUCUUCAGUCAAUAUCUCUGAAGAAACCAUAGACGUCAUCUUGGAAGGGAGUGGCUCACAUUCCAAGUUUCUUUACAGUGUUCUUACAGUAGCAUUAGCUGGAAGAUGUGACAAGGAGGUCCUUAGUCUUUUGCUGACCCUUCCUGGAAAUGACAAAACUUCUCAGGCAGUGAAAGAACUUUGUACUUUGCCAGCGCUGGACUUGUAUACUAUGACUGUACUGAUUGCUCAGAAUUUGAACUUGCGUAAUAUCAUCUAUAAGGUCGAGAUCCCUUCUGAGGUAGAUAACUUGCUUAACACCUUGUUGGAUCUAGUUUCUAGCAUCAGCUCUCUUUUAAACAAAGCCCAGCAUGUCAUGGAAAACCUUCCUAUAUUCUUCCAAGCCUUCAGAAAUAUGUCGCUACUGGACAUCUCUAUAUUCCAUCAGGUAAAUCAGGGUGGUCAAUCGAGAAGUUCUGCUAUUGGAUCCCUUCAGGCAGUAAUCAAGGCAGUCUGUAAAGAGCAAUCUUCAUUCUUCAGCAAUGCCAACAUGUUCAUUGACAUGCCCAGAAUCACAGAACUCUUGGAGGAGGAUAUGGCAAAAUACAGCAUUCCCAAAGACUCAACUCCAUUUUGCUUGCAGCUUUAUCAAGAAAUUUUGCAGUCGACUAAUGGGGCUUUGCUGUGGACCUUCUUGAAGCCCUUGCUACAUGGGAAGAUACUCUACACUUCCAACAUUAAAAAGAUCAGUCUGGUGAUAGAAAAGGCUAAUCAGACAUUCAGUUUUGUGGAGAAUCUGAAGACUUACGCAGAGGCAUGGCUCAGGGUGUCCACGAUGUUUAAACAUGGCGAAAAUUUCUUCAUGCUUAGUCAACUUCAGGAAGCUUUGCAAAACAGUUUUAUAAAGAACUUCAUAGAAAGUCACUUGAAUCUUGAUGUGGGAAAAUUUGUUGGCAAGCUGCGAAUAUAUGAGGCUAUGAUGGACAAGAUGCUCAACAACUCAGUGAUUGAGCAGAUUGACCUGUUGUCACAGCUCAUGGUAAAUAUCUCCUCCUGUGUGUUACUGGAUCGUUUCCAGCCUUUAGAGUCUGUUGAGAAAUUGGAGGCAAAGGCUCAUGAGCUCAUGCAACAAAACAAUUUCUUGGCUAGCAUCAUAUUCCAUGCAUCAGACAACAAGGCAAACACAGAUUACCUUCCUCCACACAUUUCAUAUACAGUCCGGACCAGUGUUCUGUUCAGCAUGAGAACAGAUUUGAUUAAAAACCCAUUGUGGAAAUUCCACCCGCAGAACCUGCCAGCUGAUGGAUUCAAAUACAACCACAUCUUCAUUCCACUGCAAGACAUGAUUGAAAGUGCAAUUGUUUCAGUGCAUGCUGGAACUGAUGCUUCAGAGCCAGAAAUACAAGUGCAAGCUAUGCCGUAUCCAUGCCACACAAGUGACCUAUUCUUGAACAACAUAGGGUUUUUUUUCCCACUCAUAAUGAUGCUAACAUGGAUGGUAUCUGUUGCUGGCAUGGUCCGGAAACUGGUUUAUGAGAGAGAAAUUUGUCUUGAGGAGUAUAUGAAGACAAUGGGUGUGCACCCAUCCAUUCAUUUCCUAGCCUGGUUUCUGGAGAAUAUAGCUGUACUUGCUAUAAGCAGCUGCACUCUGGUGAUCAUUUUAAAAGUGAGCGGCAUCUUUGCUUACAGCAACAGCUUCCUCAUCUUCCUCUUCUUCCUUGAUUUUGGAGUUGCAGUUGUUAUGCUAAGCUACCUGAUGGGUGCAUUUUUUAGCAGUGCCAAUACAGCAGCCCUCAGUGCCAGCCUUGUGUAUAUGAUAAGUUUUUUACCCUACAUAGUUUUGUUGGUUUUGCAGAACCAACUGAGUUUUGCCAACCAGAUCAUUGCUUGCCUUUUGUCUACAACUGCCUUUGGACAAGGGGUGUUUUUCAUUACAUUCUUUGAAGGCCAAGAAAUAGGAAUUCAGUGGAGCAACAUGUACCAGACCUUGCCACAAGGAGGAUCUAUUACUUUUGGAUGGGCAUGCUGGAUGAUUUUCUUUGACUCAAUUAUGUGUUUUAUAGCUGGCUGGUAUUUCAGCAACACAAUUCCUGGUCGAUUUGGAUUAAGGGAGCCAUGGUACUUUCCUUUAACUGUCUCCUAUUGGAAGAACUUCUGCAGUACAGACAGGAGAAACAAACCUCUAACUUACGGUUCAAUGCCUCAAGAGCAGAAAAUCACUAGUGAAGAAGGAAUAUCUCAAGGCGUAGUACUUAUUUCACUCACCAAAGAAUAUACACAGAGCAGAAAGACUGCAGUUAAAGAUCUAAGCCUCACUUUCUACAGAGAUCAGAUCACAGCUCUCUUGGGGCCCAAUGGAGCUGGCAAGACAACAGUUAUAUCAAUGUUGACAGGCCUGUCCCCACCCAGUUCUGGUACCAUUAUCAUCAAUGGAAGGGACAUGCGUACUCAUCUGCCUGCUGUCAGACUGGAAAUUGGUGUUUGUCCACAGCACGAUGUACUGUUUGACAUGUUAACUGUGCAAGAGCAUCUGUUGCUUUAUGGCUCAGUGAAGGCGUCUCAUUGGACAAAGAAACAGUUAAACCAACAAGUCUUUAGAGCCCUGAAGGAUGUGGGUUUAUCUGAACAUCAGGACAAACUAGUUGGUACCCUGUCUGGGGGAAUGAAAAGGAAGCUCUCAAUUGCCAUUGCCUUUAUUGGAAACUCAAGGACAGUCGUUCUCGAUGAGCCCACCAGUGGUAUAGAUCCAUGUUCACGGCGUAGCAUCUGGGACAUUCUCUUGAAGUACAGAGCUGGUCGCACUCUGGUUUUCACCACCCACCAUCUCGAUGAGGCAGAAGUGCUCAGCGAUCGUAUUGCUAUCCUGCAGCAUGGGCAGCUGCACUGCUGUGGCUCUCCCUCUUACCUGAAGGAAAAAUAUGGCCAAGGUCACAGCCUAACGCUCAUUAAAAAGCCCUCCAUGUUUGAAAUCCAGGAUCCCAAGGAUACUGUCCGAGUUACAUCUCUGGUGCAGUCCCAUCUACCAGAAGCAUUCCUGAAAGAAAACAGUGGGAGUGAGCUGACCUACCUGAUUCCAGGGGUGGCAGACAAGGCCUCCUUUAAAGGUCUUUUUCAGGCUUUGGAUGAAAACCUUCUACAUCUACGUGUGACUGGUUAUGGCAUUUCAGAUACUACCUUGGAGCAGGUGUUUUUGAAGUUACUGCAGGACACAGGGAAGAAGCCAUCUGUGCCCUUGGCAAUAGACUUGGAGGCCCCAAUUGCUAAUGGUACUGAAUCAACCUAUCAGAAAUAUAGCUCUCUCAUGGAUGCUCAGACUGUGCAUGGAGCCAGCCUCGCUCUCACACAGAUUGCUGCCCUUCUGUUGAAGAGGUUUCACCACACCAGACGAAACUGGAGAGGAACGCUGUCAAAUGUUUUACUGCCUGUCCUGUUUGUUACCAUGGCAAUGGCCUUGUUUACUGUGAAGCCAUUGGCUAUUGAUUAUCCUUCGCUCAAGUUGACCCCUGGACUUUAUGACAAUGCAGAAUCCUUCUUUAGCUUGAAGUGCCCAAUUAUUAAUAUCUCAGUUCCCUACUUGAAGAAUAUGCAAGGACAUCUCCUGUACAACCUCUCAGGGUUCAAUGUGGAAGAAUAUUUAAUCAGACCUUCUAACAAAGCAAGAUAUGGAGGUUGGACAUUUGGAGUGAAAAUACACCCUGAACUUCAAGGUGUCAAACCAAACUGGGCAAACUCUAAGCCUUUGGCUAAGGUGUGGUACAACCAGAAAGGGUUCCAUUCACUGCCAUCAUACUUAAAUCAAUUGAACAACCUUAUUUUGUGGAUGAAUUUGCCUUCUAAUGUGGACUGGAGACAAUAUGGAGUCACACUAUAUAGCCAUCCAUAUGGAGGAGCCUUGCUGGAUGAGGACAAAAUAAUGGAGAAUAUUCGUCAAUGUGGAGUAGCACUGUGCAUCAUGUUGGGAUUUUCUCUCCUUACGGCAUCCAUUGGAAGCUCCAUUGUAAAAGACCGUGAGUCUGGUGCAAAGCGGCUGCAGCACCUCACUGGGCUUGGCUACAAGACUUACUGGCUUGGUAACUUCCUUUAUGAUAUGCUGUUUUACUUGGUUCCGGUUAUCCUGUGCAUUGGUGUUAUUACUGCCUUCCAGCUAUCCGCCUUCACUUUUCGACAGAACUUGGCAGCCACUGCUCUCCUGCUGAUACUCUUUGGAUAUGCAGCUUUACCAUGGAUGUAUUUUGUGUCCAGAUUCUUCUCAAGUUCAGAUGUAGCCUUCAUUUCUUACAUCUCCUUAAAUUUUGUGUUUGGUCUUUGUACCAUGCUGGUGACUCUCUUGCCUCGUUUGUUAGCUAUAAUUACCAAAACACAGAGUUUUGAGAAUCUCUACAGCAUCUUCAAAUGGGCUUUUAUUGUUUUCCCCCAAUUCUGCUUGGGCCAGGGUUUAAUAGAACUCUCCUACAAUCAAAUCAAGUUUGACCUGACAAGUAAUUUUGGAAUUGAUUCUUAUGUGAGUCCUUUUGAGAUGAAUUUCCUUGGUUGGAUCUUUGUGGAAAUGGCCCUGCAGGGAACAGUCCUCCUUCUCCUGCGGGUUUCCUUGCACUGGGAUCUGAUGCAAAAACCAAGGGGCCAUUGUUCCAUCAGCAGCACAGUCAAUCCUUCAGAAGACAUAGAUGUAGCAAUGGAACGAAAGAGGGUCUUUGGUGGAAGAACUAGUAAUGAUAAUGAUGUCCUUCUGCUAUAUAACCUCAAAAAAUUGUAUCGUGGUUUCAGUAGGAGAAGCACUGCUGUGAAAGACAUCAGCUUGGGGAUUCCAAGGGGGGAGUGCUUUGGACUGCUUGGUACAAAUGGAGCUGGGAAGAGUACAACAUUUAAGAUGAUGACUGGAGACAUCACCCCCACUGCAGGGUGUGCUAUGGUCAGGACCCCAACAGGGUCUGAAAUAGAUAUACUGUCUGCUAUCUCUGAGGGCAUUCUGAUUGGCUACUGCCCACAGCAAGAUGCCCUGGAUGAACUUCUAACUGGUUGGGAGCAUCUUUAUUAUUACUGCAGACUACGCGGAGUGCCAACACAAUGUAUCCAUAAGGUAGCUGGGGACCUUGUUAGCCGAUUACAUCUGGACACCCACGUUGACAAACUGGUGAGGACAUACAGUGGUGGCACAAGGAGGAAGCUAUCUGCAGCUCUGGCUUUGGUUGGCAAACCACAAAUACUUUUACUGGAUGAGCCCAGUUCUGGAAUGGAUCCGUGCUCUAAGCGGUACCUCUGGAAAACAAUCAUGAAGGAAGUUCAGGAUGGCUGUGCAGCUGUGCUGACAUCACACAGCAUGGAGGAGUGUGAAGCGCUCUGCACGCGGCUUGCUAUUAUGGUGGAUGGCAGUUUCCAGUGUCUUGGUUCUCCCCAACACAUUAAAAACAGGUUUGGAGAUGGAUAUUCGGUCAAAGUUUGGCUUAACAAAGAAACAAGUUACCAGAGUGCUAUCUUGGACUGUCUGCAGUUACAUUUUCCAGGAACACAAUUUAAGGGACAGCAUCUUAAUCUGCUGGAGUAUGAUGUCCCACGCAGAUGGGGCUAUUUAGCAGAGCUCUUCAAAGUCCUGGAAAAUCACAAACUUUUGUUCCAGAUCAAACACUACUCCAUUAGCCAAACUACUUUAGAACAGGUAUUUCUUAAUUUUGCUAAACAACAGCAGGAACCCUCUCGUUCUGCACAAGACUCUUCCACCAGUCAUCAUGACCGUCUGCCAGUCUAGGCUCUGAGCAGGACAUAAUCCAGCAGUAUCUUUUAUAAGCAAUAACAUUUUUCAGCUGGACAGAGCCAAGCUGUGUGUGGGAGGCUGGGGUGGGGAGGAGGGAAGCUUUCAAUUUUAGAGGCCAAAGUCAGAGGUAGCACCACUUAGUAGUAAGAAUGAUUAGUAAAUGUAUGCAUGCCAAAAAAAAGAAAGAAAAAACCCCAAAUUGUACUCUUUGGGUUUUUUUAAAUAAGCUGGACUUUAUUAAAGAAGAGUCUGUUUUGCCUAAUUAACGUAACGUAUAUAACAUAGCAAAAGGGCUGAUGUGGAAAUGUCAGUCUAUAGUUGGAUCUUUUUGGUGAAUCUAUAUUAAUUUAACUACAAUCAUUUUCUCUUACAUGCACAUUUAAACAUGGGGGGGGUUACAAUGGGGAAAAACCCAUUGGAUAUUGGGAACAGCCAUGCUAUCAUACAAUAUUUGUAUCUAAUAACACAAAUGAGAGCCUUUUGACUUUUCCAUUAAUUCAAUUCUGUGUUGUGACAAGUUAAAUUAGUAUUAUUGUAUAAAAGAGGCACUAUAUUUCAUAAGGGAUUUAUGUUUAAAAGGGUAUUAGUAUACUACUUUGCCUCAUGGCUAUGUUAAUUUAGCAAGAUUUGAUAAAUCAUACAUGACAAUAAUUCUCCCUUGUACCUGUGGUCUGCUUCUUUAGGAAUUCUGAAUAUAUCUUUAAUAAUGACCUACUUUGUUUUUGUUAGCUUUUAGAAAUUACUGGUUUUUUCUUUUUCUAAGAGAAUGUGAAAAUAGGUUUGAAUGAUAUAUUAAAAGUAAAUGAGAUAAGCAUACACACACUAAUCAAUAAACUUUGUAUUAAAUUUAUGCUGAUUUAAGCUUUUUCAUAAAUGGUCAAACUACAGCCUUCAAUGAAGCCACCGAGCUGCUGAAGUGAAAUCUUUUAAUGAAUAAAAACUGAGCUGCU